UUUCCCUCCUCCCCACCCAAUACUCAAAAGGCAAAGUAAUUAAAACAUAAGAAUAAGAUCCUCUAGAACGUUUCCCAUUCUUUUCCUCCUUUCAUACCCUAACUUCUUUGCUUUUUUUUUUCCGCCGCUGCUGGAUUGUGUUGCUGCUCCUCCACUAUAGUAAAGCUCCAUCCUUUCUCUAUUGUUGUACAACCAAUUUUGGAGGUGCUAAGUAUAGCUUGUAAAUGUAUAGACCGUGAUCCGCGUCAGAGGCCCUCGAUUGAUCAAGUGGUUUCAUGGCUUGAGGCAAUUGGAACUGGAAAAAAUAGAUGAAAUCCAUCUACUUUUUCCUUGUAGUCUUAGCUUAUAUUACUUACAAAGUGAAAAAGAUCAAUUCUGAACUUCAAAAUCAUCAAAGUUCCGGAGAAACACCAGAUGAUGCAUUUAGGGCUGUGUUUGGAAAGGAGCAGCCUGGUCGGAUUAGAUGCUAUGGUAGAUCGGUCACGAUAAGCUCUCUGGAAAAAGAUGAGGAGAUCAACAAGCUUAAACAAAAGCAUGAUAAUGAAAUGAUUUCUCUGAAGGAAGAAAUGAAGGAAGAAAUGAAGGAAAUGAUGAGAGAAGAAAUGCCGAACUUUUGUAUUCAAUUGGUACAAAAUAACCCUGGACUGGAUAUUCAUGAUAUAGAAGGGUGUGCCGGAUCUAAUCUUCCUUCACCUGUUGAUGCAAGUAGUGCACGAGCUAUGAGAGGCCAAAAUCUGCCACAUUCUUCUGGCUCAACUCAUGCUCCGAGUCUUGGAAAGGAAAAUACAGAUGAUCCAAUUGGAAGUGGUGGCUACAAAUCAAUUUGACCUAUUGAAGUGAAUGGGGAAGACUUUUUGAAGAAUUGUGAUGUUUUUAGUAAUAUUGAUAGUUAUAUGAACAAAUUUUGUUUUGUAGCAUUUAUUGCCGGCGAACUUGAAGUAGUGCUUUAUUAAUAUGGGCAAUACUACACAAAUUAUAUUUCUUUGUUCAGGUCUAUUUCAAGUAUAUGCAUUUGACCUAUUUUUAUUCUGUUA